AUGUAUAUUAUUCCCUCCCCAGCGCUGAACAACAUCUCCUUACUCUUCACCAAACCUGACUCACCUCAUCAACUAGAAAGCCUCAAAACUACAUCAACCUACAAGCCUACUCCGUCCAAAACCCGCAUCAACCUGUACCUCCUACCAAUGGCACGCAAUCUUCGCUCGAAUGCUGUAGGCAAGGCCAAGCUAGGUACUAAGCAAAAGCGUGAUAGUGCUCGAAAUGGAAACCUUGUUAGAGAGCAAGACGAACAAAAGGCCAUCGCAGAGGCCAUCUCCCGUUCGCUAGCUGACGCCGCUUCCACCGCCUCCACCGCUUACCCACGUACGCUGACAAGUGAAGAGCAAUAUGACUCCGACUUGGCCAAGGGCAAAUACAAGUCGCUGACGGCCAAAGAUGAGCCCGCUGUCAAGUCCUCCUCAAACAAUAGGAUCAGCUCCUACUUUGGCUUUGAGGCCACUAUUCCCUCCAGCUCAACCAAGCCUCAUGCCCCGCUUUAUCAUAUCCUUGAAGAGCUGGAUGAAGUCGCCACGGCUUUGGAGAAGAGUGCUCGUGAGCUGCGCGAAGUAGAUCCGGCCGAGGUGGCCAACUGUGUUAGAGACUGGGGGAGCAAAGUCUUUGAAAUCAACUAUGCGCUUGAGGUAUGCGAAACCCAGCGAAUCAAAGAUAUCCAGAGGCAUCUGGAUCUUGAUCAAGAAACAGAAGAGAAGCACCAGAGGGAUCUGGAGCAUCUGAACAAGGCCUGGGAAGCCAAAAUGAUGGCGAAGGAGGAAGAGAUGGCGAAGAAGAUGGAGGAAUUGCGCCGAAUGUACGAGACUCGGCUCGCAGGGCAUACUAUCGAAAUGCCUUCUUCACCUGAGUCAGGCUAG